UGCCUGGCCUCCGCGCCAUGCCGCGGGCGGUGUGAGCCGCCGCGGGCUCCGAAGCCCGCAGGUGCCGGCGCGCGCGCCAGGCCUGGCUGGGAAGGGGGGCGCUGCACUCGCCAUGCUGCGGGGGCCUCGGGCCCUGGCUCCGGCAGCCGGGCCACCCCCAAAGGGGCUGCCCGCGAUGAGCCCCACGGAGCUGUGGUCGCCGGGCCUCAGCAGCCCCCAGCUCUGCCCGGCCACCACCACCUACUACACCCAGCUGUAUCCACAGACUGUGCCUCCCGCUGCGGCGCCCGGCACCUGCCUCGACGCCACCCCCCACGGACCGGAGGGUCAAGCUGUGCGAUGCGUGCCGGCUGGCCGGCUGCCGGCCAAAAGGAAGCUGGACCUGGAGGGGAUCGGGAGGCCCACGGUCCCUGAAUUCCGGACUCCCAAGGGGAAGUGCAUUAGAGUGGAUGGCCUCCCCAGCCCCAAAACCCCCAAGUCCCCCGGGGAGAAGACUCGCUAUGACACAUCGCUGGGGCUGCUCACCAAGAAAUUCAUUUACCUCCUGAGUGAGUCUGAGGAUGGGGUUCUGGACCUGAACUGGGCUGCUGAGGUGCUGGACGUGCAGAAGCGGCGCAUCUACGACAUCACCAACGUGCUGGAGGGCAUCCAGCUCAUCCGCAAGAAGGCCAAGAACAACAUCCAGUGGGUAGGCCGGGGGCUGUUUGAAGACCCCACGCGGCCUGGGAAGCAGCAGCAGCUGGGGCAGGAGCUGAAGGAGUUGACGAGCAUGGAGCAGACCCUGGACCAGCUCAUCCACAGCUGCUCUCUGCACUUCAAGCACCUGACGGAGGACAAGGCCAACAAGAGACUGGCCUACGUGACGUACCAGGACAUCCGUGCUGUGGGCAACUUUAAGGAGCAGACGGUGAUUGCGGUCAAGGCCCCUCCGCAGACGAGACUGGAGGUGCCUGACAGGAGUGAGGAGAACCUGCAGAUAUAUCUGAAGAGCACACAGGGGCCCAUCGAGGUCUACCUGUGCCCGGAAGAGGUGCAGGAGCCCCACAGUCCUGCCCAGGAGCCCCUCCCCUCCACUUCCGUCCUCAGCCCCGGCCCUGACUCCACCCAGCCCAGCAGCAGCAGCGACCCUGGGGUCACGGAACCCACGGCAUCCUCCGAGCCAGCACUGACGUCCCCGCAGGUCCUGCCGCCACCCCCGCCGCCCCUUGUCCCCCUGGAGGCCACGGAGAACAUGCUGGAGCUGCCGCACCCGCUGCUGCAGCAGACGGAGGACCAGUUCCUGUCCCCGACGCUGCCCUGCAGCUCCCCUCUGAUCAGCUUCUCCCCGCCCUUAGACCAGGAUGACUACCUGUGGGGCCUGGAUGGCGGGGAGGGCAUCAGCGACCUCUUCGACACCUACGACUUCGGGGACCUGCUGAUUAACUGAAUUGGCGCUGCCUGCACCCCCCACUCGCCCUGGGCAGCCCGGCCCGUUUCUACCUCCUCACAGGACGUGAGACAUGAGGUGCUGCCCUCAGAGUGGAAGGGAUCCCCCCCGCCCCUUCCUUUCCUUCCCACCUGCCAGUCGGUGCUGUCCCGGGGGAGGUGGAGGAUACGGGGUGGGAGCCCAGCAGGGGUGAGGCCCUGUCCUUCCUCCUGGAAGCCGGGCCUGGGAAGGCCUGGUCGGCCUCCUGAUCUCUGACCUCUUGCCUGAAGGGCUCUAGAGGAGGGGACUGGGUCCAAGGAGAGGCCCAGCGACUGCCUUUUUGAGGGUCCACUAGGUCCCUCGGUUUAUCGAGAAGCACUUAAUGCCUUUGUAUUUAUUGCAGGUUGAGUUUUGUUUAUCUGCCCUCCCUGAGUUUUAGCAGGGAGGUGGUUCUAGUUUCUAGUAAGACUGCUCCUCAGACAUGCCCAGCGCCGUCUGCUGUCCAAGGGCAGGCUGGGGGCUUUCAGGGGCCCAGGCCAAAUCCCCAACUG